CUCGUCUCCCCCCGCGCCGCUCUGCCUUUCUCACCACCGGCGACGGCGCCUCGCAUCCUCUCGUCUCCCCCCGCGCCGCUCUGCCUUUCUCACCACCGGCGACGGCGCCUCGUCCUCCCCAGCAACGGCGCCUCGUCCUCCCCGGCAUCGGCGCCUCGCAUCCUCUCGUCUUCCCCCGCGCCGCUCUGCCUUUCUCACCACCGGCGACGGCGCCUCGUCCUCCCCGGCAACGGCGCCUCGUCCUCCCCAUUUUCUCAAUCAAAAGUCCAAACACCACCGGCGAACACAACCACCACCAACCGCCAUAUUUAGUAAGAUAUUAUACUACACUUGUUCCAUAUUUAGUAGACAAUGACAAUCCAGAUUCAUGGCGCCGCCGGAGGAGAAAGACGGUUCGGCUGCUCCAGGUGACCUCGGCGACUCGUCCUCCCCAGCAACUCGUUCACACUUCACAGCCGCACCGCGCCGGAGGAGAAAGACGAUUCGGCUGCUCCAGGUGACCUUGGCGACUCGUCCUCCCCAGCAACUCGUUCACAGCCGCGCCGCGCCGGAGGAGAAAGACGGUUCGGCUGCUCCAGGUGACCUCCUUCCCCCUGCUCCAGGUCACUAAUAAUUCCAUCCAAAGAAAAUCGAAGAGCAAGG